CUUCAGGACUAAUAAUGCUAUUGUAUAAAAAGUGGAGGCCUAGAGAGGUUAAGUGACUUCUCCAAAGUUGCACAGCUAGUUAGUGUUAGUUCUAGACUUCAUGGCUCACAAUUCAGUGCUCUUUUUGUUAAAGCACAGCUAUUCUACUCUCCUCCCAGUAGCAAAAAAGAAAAUGCCAGGAUAUAUUCAUAAGGGCAGACUUUUGGAGUCAAGCAGGUUUUGUUACUGCCAUUUGUUCCAGGACAUAUCGUUCUAGUUUUGAAUACAGUUUAUAACCUCUUAUUGUAGAUACCCAGAAGGGGAGUAACAGAGCCAAGAAACCUACACGCAGGUGACAAAUGUUUUUUGUUAAAGAUAAUUAUUUCAGAUCCUAAGUCUUCCCUAAUAAUGCCUCAGAAAACAAUUAGAAUUUUAUCCAACUCCUUGUAUUAACAUUUCUGGUAGAAAUAAUCCAAAAGUCGAACUUUCAUUAACACAUAAUACGCUUGUUAUUGAUAAAAAAAAAAACUGACAAAACUCGAUCUUGUUGCUAAUGUUGAAAAUUGCAGAAAAAGUCCCACACUCAUUAGAUUUGCCUGGAAAAAAAAAACCUGGCAAAAAUAACGUAUGGCUGAAACUUUGACAUAAGUAUAAAAUCAUCUUGACAUUUGGAUCCCUCAUAUAACACCAAGGAAAAACGAGCUAGCCAGAAAUAAUGGCAACAAAAAGAAACACAAAAGCAGAAAUAACAAGUAACAAUUUUAUACGGGCCAAAAAAGGAAAACAAAUCCUGAUAGAUAAAUCAUAUUGAAAUCACAUCCCCAGGAGCGUGGUGGAAACACAGGACAGGCAAACCGGAUUCGGGGAGGUGCAAGCCUCCAGCGGGAAAGCAGCAGGUGAUGGAAAUGUUACCUCUGGCCCUGUUUGCUUAGCUUUCUUUUCAGCAAAAAGUUCUCAGAACGAAAAGAACUGAUCACAGUGCGAAUUUCUGUAAAGUGACGAAAACGGGAGAACAAUGGAAAAGGUUUAAAUGCUCGCUAUUGAAAAAAAAAGACCCAGGAAUCACAGGGGCUUACGGAUUUGUUUCAGAAAUACUCCUUCCACGGUAACACGUCACCGUUGGUAUAACCGUGAUUAAAAUGUCAGUAUUCACAGGCGGCGUCCGGGGCCCACAGAGGCCCCUGCACUGCGUACCCGCCUCGAACCGCCACUUCGGGGACGAGUCGCCUCCUUUCCAGCGCUCCAGGGGCUCCAGGGCAGUAACUCGGACUCUGUCGCCCUGGGUAGACUGCCGUGGCCUCACGGCAACCUCGGACUCCUGGGCUCGCGCGAUCCUCCUGCCUGCGCUUCCCGAGCAGCUGGGACUACAGGCGCCCGCCACCAGGCCCCGCCUAAUCUUUAGAAAAAUUUUCUGUACAGAUGGGGUCUCACUGUGUUGUCCAGGCUGGUCUUAAAACUCGUGGCUUUAAGCGAGGUUCCCUGAGCGAGCCGAUCACAGGCCUGAGCCACCAAGCCGGACUAGCGACCUCGGUAACGCGCAUUCCUGCCGCAGGACACCGCGUCCCCGACGCGUGCGCAGACCAAGCCGGAACGGGCCCACGCGCUGCACGCCGGGAGGCGGGGUCCCGGCGAGGGCGGAGCGGUGGGCUGGCACGCAGGCGCACACCGCCUGCUGGCAGAAUGGCGGAUGUCGUGCCGCAGCCUAUUAAGAGGAAGCGUGAGCCGGAUUCGGAGGCCGCUCCGGAGGCCUCAUGCACAGAGGAAACAGGAGCUGGCGUUGGGAAUGGUACCGCUGUCACUGUCCGCUUACCAUUCUCCGGCUUUAGAGUGCAAAAAGUGCUGAGGGAGUCCGCGCGGGAAAAAAUCAUUUUCCUACACGGGAAGGUGAAUGAGUCCUCAGGGGAUAAGGAUGGAGAGGAUGCAGUUGUCAUCCUGGAGAAGACACCAUUUCAGGUGGAACAGGUGGCCCAGCUCCUGACUGGCAGCCCUGAGCUCCAUUUGCAGUUCUCCAAUGAUAUCUACAGCACCUAUCACCUGUUCCCUCCGAGGCAACUGAGUGAUGUAAAGGCAACCGUGGUUUUCCCAGCCACAGAGAAACACCUGCAGAAGUACUUGCGCCAGGACCUGCGCCUGGUCCGAGAGACAGGAGAGGACUACAAGAACGUCACCUUACCCCACCUGGAGUCCCAGAGCCUCAGCAUUCAGUGGGUGUAUAACAUUCUCGAGAAGAAGGCUGAAGCAGACCGGAUUGUUUUUGAGAACCCGGAUCCCUCUCACGGCUUUGUCCUCAUCCCCGACCUCAAGUGGAACCAACAGCAGCUCGACGACCUGUAUUUAAUUGCCAUCUGCCAUCGCCGGGGCGUCAGAUCGCUGCGGGACCUCACCCCAGAGCACCUGCCGCUGCUCAGAAACAUCCUCCGUCAGGGGCAGGAAGCCAUCCUGCGGCGCUACCAGGUGCCGGGAGACCGCCUGCGCGUGUACCUGCACUACCUGCCCUCCUAUUACCACCUGCACGUGCACUUCACUGCCCUGGGCUUUGAGGCCCCCGGCUCGGGGGUGGAGCGGGCUCACCUGCUGGCCGAGGUGAUCGAGAACCUGGAGUGUGACCCCACACACUACCAGCAGCGCACACUCACCUUUGCCCUCAGGGCUGACAACCCCUUGCUCAAGCUUUUGCAGGAGGCCCAGCAAAGCUGAGUGGGCUGGGGGACAGGAGCACAGAUGGGUGGCGCCUGGGGAGGGCAAGGCCAGGAUUUUUAUCUCCAUGUGAAUUUUCUAAAAAUGUCUUUUGUACUUCCUUAUUCCUGGUAUGUGAAUAAAGUAUCAGGCUCACU